AUGGAGGGAAUAUUGCAUGUUCCCCCUGACCGGGGGACCAUUAUCGGCCGCGCCAUCUGGAAGUCUCGCUAUGUUGUCGUCGCCGAUCCCUCAGACACAAAACAGCUGAUGCAGCAGCAACGACAGCAGUCCCCACAUACUGGCUCGUCUUCGUCCUUCUCGUCGAUUGUGCCGGCCAAACCAUCGGCGACUGCCUCUCGUGGUCAGCAGCCACCGCCCCGGGUAGCAACGCCACGAAGCCCGGCCAGCCUCUCCCCUGAGAAUAUGUUCCUCUCCGUGUUCAAGAGCAAAGGCGACUGGGAACCGAUCCAGCAACACGCCAUCAGCUCAAUCACAGACUGCCAAGUGCAGAUGCUUGCUCAUCGAAAACAAGGCCCGGUCCUGCCCACGCUGGUCAUCAAUGUCUCGCCCGAUCCUGUCACGGACAAGCUUCGCAAACGCCGAUCCAGCCGCACUGCCGGCUUCACCACGACCAAAGAAACUGCACCAUCGACCCUCUGGUUCCGCCCCGCCGAGGACUGUGCCCAGAAGAAUAUCCUCCAGGACUGGUGUCACUUUAUCCAGACCCUGAUGCUGCAGCUUGGCGCGUCCACUCCGUCCGCGCCACUGCCCCUGGCCACCGGGAAUGGGCCCCUGAGCCCUGUCACACCAGCAUCACCAACCUUUGUGAACCCUUUUGCGUCCUCGCAGCGCGGGCGCGGUGACCAAUCCGAGUUCUCGCCUCACCAAUAUCAGCAGACGACACCACAGAGCCAGUACACUCCGCGUCCGGGCAGCGGGAACAAUGCCACGGGACGGACCAACGCUCUCAGCCACAAUGGCCCCAACCAAGCGACCCAAACGACCCAAACAUCCCAAACAUAUUCGAGGCGAGAGCGCGAACGGGACCGGCCCAAGACGUACUCGGAAUCGCCCAGCCUGCGCUCGCGCCGCAGCGAUCUCUCUCACACAAGCUCCAACCUACCGCCCCACGCCACAACUCCUGGCUACAGCAGCAGCAGUAGCAACUUUGCGCUGCCCUUCUUCCACAACCGCCCUGCCGAUUUGCCGUCACCAGCCACAACUGUCAACGAGUUCUCGGGCGAUUCUGUCGAAGGCUGGACAACUACCCAGGGCCGUUCCUCGACACUUAGCUCGCCUGUCCGUGGCCGAGACAGCAUCAGCUCGCAGCCGCCCGUCCCCAUGACGAUCGCCGCAGGGCUCCCAGGCCCAUCCCCGACUGAUGGUGCCGCUGCCGGUGCGAUCAGCUCCAGCUCACCGCCCGCGCCACGAGAGACGAUCCUGGACCGUGCGUUUCAGAUGCACUUCAUUCCUGGCUCCGAUCGUGAUAUGAUUCCAGGCGAAAAUAAGCUCACGUCACUGGCACGCUUCGAUGCACUGAUGCGGGAAGUCGACGAGAGGAAGCGGUUACGGCAGGCUGUGGCUGCAUCGGAUAUCAAGCGGAGUGCCACCACGGCGCCCAUGACGCGCCCUGACCCUCAACUAAAGAGCGGCUGGGACCUAGAUGAUGACUCGGAUGAGUCUGACAGUGUUGAGAGGAAUGACGACGAUGACGAGGAGGAGGAGGAGGAGGAGGACAGCGAAGCGGCUGCGAGCGCUGACAGCGAUGAUGACGGUAUUGUCAGCAGCCACUUCAUGAGAGUCAAUGGGCGGCGGGCUGAUAGCUCCAGUCUUCGCCCAGGCAACCACCUGGACUCGGCUGUCGAUAUUGCGCCAAACGCCCGUCGCGCCCUCGAUUUCAUUAUCGCGGGUCGCAGUCGGGAAGCCGACCGUGAGUCUCGCCGUACACUGACAUCCAAGUCACGCGCCGAUGGCCUUGUCAACUAUGACGCCCAGACCCUCAAGGCGUUGAACGACGGCUACUUCCCAUCCACCACGCAGAUGCACGAGCAGGAGCCGAUCAUGCGCCCACAGACGGGCUACGCGCGCAACCGGCCCCCCAUUGCUCAGCGGACGCACAGCCAGCCACAGCUCGCUGCGCUCAACGUGAACAACUUGGUGACGGCUGGACACAGCGGCAGCGCCAACAACCGCCAGUCGCAGCACAAGCAAGUCAUCCAGUCGCCCAUCUCACCGUCUUCCUCGCCGCCCCUGCCACGCUCGUCGACCUUUAGCAAAGUGGACGAGAUGAAGGCCAAAGUCGCGGCCGCAGCAGCCGCGUCUGUCGCGGCAGGCAACCUGGCGUCCUUACCGCUCGACAAGCGCCAAUCCGCCUCGAGCGCAAAGCGCCUCAGCUUCAACGACUUCACCAGACGGCUUAGCAGCAGCACGAGCAGCCUCCUUCUGGUGCAAACCAACACCAGCAGCAACAGCGGCAGUGGCGGUAACGUGAGCGGCACUGGCAGCGUGAUCCACGAGGGUGUUGGUGUGGACGCGGGAUCGGCGGCUCCCGGCCUGAGCGGCUUGAGCAGCCCCCGCACCGAGAAGCACGGCUACACCCUCAGCAGCAGCAGCACCAACGGCCACGGACAUGGUCACCAGCACAGCAGCUCGACGUCGUCGCGACUGACCUCGCCGCCAGCGCCGCCGCCGCCACCACCCGCUGCCGAGCGCUGUGGCUGGCGCAGUAGCGUUAGCGUGGUCAGCAACGAGGGCGGCUUCAUGUAG